AUGCUCAAGAAGCGCUACGCCGUGUACAACUUCGACGGGUCGCUGGCGGAGCUCAAGGGCUUCGAGGUGAAGCGGCGUGGAGAGCUACGUCUCAUCCAGGUGUUCCAGACCGAAGUCUUCCCCGAGUUCCUCAAGGGCAAUAGCAAGGAAGAGGUCUGGAGGAUCGUGGGCGCCAUGGCCAACCGCUGGCUGGACGUCAUCGAGUCCCGGGGCUCCACCAUGACCAACGACGAGGUCAUCCACUUCUUUUCCGAGAACAAGACCAUGAGCAAGUCUGUGGAGAACGUGGGCAGCUACAAAUGCGUGCAGGCGACCACGGUGCGGCGCCUCGCCGAUUUCCUGGGAGUGCCGUCCAUGCUGCAGGCAGAGGGAAUCAGCGCCCACAUGCUGAUCGCCAACAAGCCGGUGGGGGCCAGCUGCACGGAGCGGGCGAUCCCUGUGAAGAUCUUUUUCGCCGAGGAGGACGUGAAGAAGGUGUGGCUGCGGCAAUGGCUUCAAGACUCCAGCUUGACGGACUUCGACAUGCGCUCGAUCAUUGACUGGGAGUACUACAAGGAGCGGCUUUGCGCAGUGUUCCAGAAGUUGAUCAGCAUCCCGGCGCGCGGCCUCAGCGCUUGA